GUGAAAACUGCACUGGAAAGCCUUGAAUUGAGUUUGCAGUGUUUCCCUGGUAAAUUUGAGGAAAACGGUGUAGUGUUGUGUGUGAGAAGGACAGGCAGACAGUCUUUGUUAACGGGGUUUCAUUCAGUAGCAUUUGGGUUUCAGUUGAGUGAAGGAGGUGUUGUGUAGAGGUGUAUAACGAUGAAGUCGUUAGCAGCCCUACUCGCAGUUUUCCUCGUAUGCCAUCAAGUUCAUGCUUGGGGAGGACUUUUCAACAGAUUUUCUCCGGAAAUGCUGGCCAAUAUGGGCUAUGGAGGACAUGGAGGAGGGAUGAUGGUAAAUAGAGAUGGAGACGAUAACUUUUUAGAAGAGUAUGUGAAUGAGGCAGAGGAGGAAGGCAGGGAGCCUUGUUAUGGAAAAAAAUGCACGUCUAACGAACAAUGUUGCCCCGGAUUAGUAUGCGUUGACACGGAGACAUUAGUUGGCUCUUGUCUCUUCGCAUAUGGAAGAAGAGUCGGAGAGCUUUGCAUGAAAGACUCAGAUUGCGAAUCAGGACUAGUUUGUGCGGAAGCGGACAUGGGACCUAACGCGCGAGUCUGCAGACCUCCAGUUCGUCAAGAUAAGCAGUAUUCUGAGCCAUGUCACAUGUCCAGUGAAUGCGAUAUUUCAAGAGGUUUAUGUUGCCAGCUGCAAAGACGCCAUCGGCAAGCACCAAGAAAGGUCUGUUCCUAUUUCAAAGACCCUCUGGUCUGCAUUGGACCAGUUGCAACUGAUCAAAUUAAAAACGCUAUUGAGCACACCGCCGGAGAAAAACGAAUCACUGGAUUGGCUUUUAAAAGACCCAUAAUGCAUUAGAUGGCCAAUUCUGAACCUACCAAGUAAUUAGUUUAGUUGAUGAUUACCAAAACAUGAUUAACUUCUAAAUCUACAUGUUCAGUGUUUAUGGAUUCUUCUCGGUGUUCAAUGUAAAACUGGCUAAAUGUAUGUUGCAAAGACUCUUGAUGUUUUCAGUUCGGUUCUGACAUUGUUAACUGCUAACAGAGCCGAACUUCGAAAUUUUAUUCGAGCGCGAUGUAUAUUUAGCCGAGCAUAAGUUAAAUCUGAAACAAGUGUUUGGUUUUAAGCUAGUAUUAACAUGUGCUGGCUGAAAAUCAAUAGAAAAGUAACAUUGAAUAUAUAUUCUUUAAAAUUGUACUUAAGCUAGAUCUGUGUAAAGCUCUUAUAUUAACUAUGUAAGGAACCAUUAACAUGGCUGAGGCACUUAUACUGAUAUUAUCCACUACUUAGUUAAGGUAGCUUUAAGAUAAUCUGGCCUAGAAUUAUAGGCGUUAAAACAUAGAAUUCUAUCUUCCUACCGGUCGAAAAAUAUAAAUAUAUUAUAUAUUAAAUAUUACAAUAGGAAGCAAAGUAUUCAAGUAGAUGUAGGCUAUUUCAUAGGACUUUAAGUCAAGGUCUCCUACAUUCUGUGUACCAAAAGCAAAAAUCAAAAUUUCACUAUUUGUCGUGUCUUUUUGGUGUACGGAAUUGCAACUAGAUGUUUACUUGAAAAAAUCUACCGUCUUACUGUGAUGUUUGAAGAUGCGCUUUUGCAAAUUGCAAAGGAACAUUCCCUAAUAAAACCUGGCAGAAACCAUAGACAAAGCACAACUCUAAUUAAAUAUUUCCAGUAGAACUGGCAACCAUAGACACUAUUUUGGAAUAGUUCUUUUCUAAAGACGGAAAGUAUUUUUGCAAAGAGCCGCAUGCAUAGCUGGAAACUGACAUCCCCUUUUAAGCUUUAAAAUUAAAAAGGGAAAUUUAAUUAAUACAUAUCACAAGAUACAUAUCAUUACUGUUAAUUAUACUCUAACUGUAAUUCAGUCUAUUGAUGUUAUAUUAUUGUAAACAGUUAUUUAAAAUAAAUGUCUACAGCAAGUAA